UUAAUAAUUAUCCCGGUUGUGCGCCUGUUGGAUGCGCGGUAUUGAUGCCGUUCGGUAGAAUCCAAUCCCAUGUUCAAUUCACUCGCCCGUACCGCCGUUACCGCCAUAUUGUUUGCGGUCUACGCGUUCGCUGUCGCCGAGUAUCGUGGAGUUUUCGUUUCUGACUAGUGUUGUUAAGAAAUCUAUACAAAAUUUCGCGUAAAAGUAACAUGAAGAAGACAAAGGACAUGUCGGACGAGGACGAGUAUUCAGCUGACGAUCCAGAGGAAGUUGAAGGAGUAUCCGAAGACGAAUGGACCCCGGAACCCGGGGCCGAGGGAGGAACCAAAAAGAGGCCGCAAAGAGGAGCAGCCAAGAAACGACAGCACUCUGAAGAGGAGGAAGAGGAAGAGGAUGAAGAGAAAGACGAAGAAGACGAAGAAGAUGAAGAAGAAGACGAGAAGGAGGAUGAUUCUGAAUCUGACUCUGGCAAGAAAUCAAAAAAAAAAAGACGUUCCAAGAAGGACGAAGAGGAUGAAGAAGACUCGGAGGAUGAUAGUUUUGACGAACCUUCUGGCGUACCGCCAAAGGAUUACACCUCUGGAGCCUUUGUGGUUGCAAAAGCUGAUAUCACCGGAGAUACAGACCCUACCUUGUGGAGGAUAGAUGGCAAGGCACUUCUACAAAAAUACUUACCCAUUAAAGAAGAUGACAAAACUGUCUACAAAAGCACAUCAACGUAUUCCGGUUGGUCUGUGAACAACAAAGAUAAAUAUCUUGCAGCGCAGGUGACCUUCAAGGUUCAAAACCGUCAUGAGACAGUUGUAGAGUUACACCUUGAUCAACAGCAACAACAAGAAAUUGUCAAAGAAGAAAAAGAGGACUAAAACCGGCACGCAGGGUUCCUCGUAAUUGUUUAUAUAUGUUUUAAGGCUUCGGGGUUUGAGCUGUGCCGAGCACAAAACCGGUACGUCUGAAAUUUCGUUUGCGUCGAAUCAAUGCCCUGUUCUCGUCUUCUGAGGACUCAAAAAAACUACCAGACUUCACUACCCUAAAUCGGAGUGAGUUGUUUUUAGCAUGCAUUUCAAGUUUACUGUUGGUUAGGCCAUGCUACACAACUGCAGCUAGUUGUAAGAUUAAAGACAAGACAUUGAAGAAGAAAAGAAAAAAAAAAAAAAAAAUUAACCAUUUCCAACUGGAACAAUGUCUUUAUGUUUCUAUCUCACGACACAAUGACAAAAAAAAACAUACCCUGUUGUUACCUUUUAAUAAACAGAAUUCUACAUGUUUCUACUAUACUGCUUUACUACGCAUUUUGUCAGGAUUCUUUUGAAAUACGUCAUAUCAUCGAUAUUGACAAUAUUACGUGGGAAUCAUCCGAAAUUUUUCAAAUAUGCAAUACCUUUCUACUUUGAAAACCGCAACGAGAAAUCAGAAAAAAUUAAAAAAGAACAAUCACGCCAGUUAGUGAAAAUGAAAAAUAUUUAUUAUCUUUUGACAGAUGUUAAUUUGUAAUCGUGCAUCGAUAUAUCAGUUUCUUUUUCUUUUUGUUUUGUUUUUUUUUUUUUCAUGUGUAAUGAAUUUGCACCAUUCGUUCAGGUUUUUUUUUAAGACAAGCAAAGUAUCAAUUUUCUUAACAUAUAUGAAUAUGACUUGUGUUACUUUCAACAAAAUUUGACCAUCUUUGGAGCUGCCAUUUUGACGAGUGAUCACUGAGAUAAUUGAUUUUAUUAUAACUUAUUAUACGAAAGAAACAGGAAAUUGAAACCGUCGGUAUUCCGAGCAAGAUAUAUUUGAUAUCGAACAUACUUUUUGUUUCUGCAUAAAGUAUCAGAUCCAUAUACAGUUACAUAUAUAAUUUUUUGUUUUGAUCAUGGUGACAAAUUUCUAAUGCAAUAUCAAUGUAAUGCGAAAAACAUGAACAAUUGUUCUAACAGGUUUUCACAAAAACUAAAGAUCUUCUGUAUUCAAUAACCUCAUUAAAUAAAUAGACUGUUCUUGCCAGGUUUGAAACGGUAA